GCAAUAAUACCAGAGUUGUCUUUAGUGCAAGUGUUGCUGUUAGAAAAGAUAACUUUGAAACUAUUAUAAGUGACUAUCUCACUUUUGUUGAUAAAUCAAUGCUUAUAAAAGAGUUUAUUGAGAGUUUGGAUUUUGAUAAAAUAAUAGAAAAAUUGAAACUUCUUAUAGCUGAAAUUUAUCGUGAACACUAUUACCUUAUUAAAAAUUUAUAUCCUGAUGAAUUAAGAAAAUAUCAAAGUUUUCUCAACGAAGAUUCAACUGAAUCACAAUUAGAGUUUUCUUUGAAGAUGCUUUCUAAGUAUCUACGACAACACUAUAAAAAAAAAUAUAUUGUAUUAAUUGAUGAAUACGAUUUUCUAAUGGAGUGUGCUUAUAAUAAAAGAUAUUAUGAAAGCAAUGAUGAAAAUAUUGCAAAAGCUAUGCUAGUUGAAAAUCACAAAGAUUCAUCUUCUCUUUAUGUAGAUAAGUUUGGAUUUACGUCUGAUGAGAUGAUUAAUGUACCAUUUUUUACUAAAGGACAAACUAUUACAUCAAUAUUAAACAAUCUUUUACACGGAAAUCUUGAUUUAUUUAGUAAAGAAUUUGAAAAUAUGAUUGUAGAUACACUUUCGUUUUAUGAGGUCAGAGGGUCUAAUUCUGGAAAAAAUGUAGAAUAUGUUUAUUAUGCUUUUUGUUUAGGAGUAUUCACUAAUGUUUGUGAUCGAGGGUUUAUUGUUUAUUCUAAUUGUGAGGCUGGUUUUAGAAGAUAUAAUGUAAAAAUAAUUCCAAAACUAGGUGUUAAUGAGAUAGCUAUUAUCAUUGAAUUUAAAGUUGUUCUUGAUAAAAAAAGUUUAUAUGAUAUGACUCAAGAAGGAUUACUUCAAAUCGAAGAGAA